AUUUACCGAAAUAGAUGACAACAUGGGUGUGCAAUACUGCCAUUUAUUGACAUGAUUACUACUUAAAAUUUAUUAUAUUGUUUUAUUGUCACAUGUUCUAUUAAAGGUAUGUGUAAGCUUUCGAACACUUGUCGUGCCAAAAAAUACUGACCAUCAUCCUUAAAUGUAACGUGCUAAAGAUAAAGAACUAAGUAAUUCCAGCAGUCUUGUUUUGGCCAUUAUACAUACAGAGUCUGGUUGGGUCAGGAAACUAUGAGCACCAUCGACACACUACAUCAUGCAACAGAGGCUGUCCAAGCCAUGGAGAGGCUGUACCUGGAACUGAAAGAUGUCAAACAUGGCAUCAAUUUUGAAGUGUUCCAAAAGUGUAUGGAUUGCCUGGAUGACCUGAAAUCUAUCAAGUCCAGCCUUGAAGGGUCAGAGGUGAAGGUCAAAGCUCCAGAGGUCAAAGAGGAUUUCCUUGUGGAGCUUAAGCAACUGACCUUGAUGCACAUCCCAUCAUCCAUGGAAAAAGAUGUUUGCCUUAAAUUUCAAGAUUUAAUUCAGAAAACUUUUGAAGGGACAGGUGUUGAUGUAGUGUAUGCAUGCCUUCUGACAUGCCCGUGGUAUGCCUGCACUCAACAGGAGAGAGGGGAGCAGGCCAAAUACAACACACUGUUUGUGGUGUACCAGUCAAGCCUCAGGAGCUUUUGUGCACCAGUCAGCAGCCAUGUUGUGGAAAAGACUAGCAUUGUUGACAAGGAGUGGCUGUAUGGCUGUGAGCUGUUCCACUUUGUGCAGUCGUUGUGUAAAGGCCGGACACGCAAUGUGGAGGCCCUGCACUGCCCAGAGCCUGCUGUAAUCUACCAGACAGAAGCUUGGAAACAACUCGGGAAAAGCCUACACUAUAAAUAUGUCACUGGUCUGCGAUGUUAUCUGGAAGCUUGUCGUGGCCAGGCAGUUGGAGGGAUUGGCAAGAAAGGAAAGGACGGGAAAUUCAGAUUGGCAGAUGGAACCACUUUCAGGCAGCUGUGCGAUUCCUUUAGACUGAUGAAUCACGCGUACAACAGUGUGAAAGGCUUUGGCCCUUGUACAUAUGAGACCUCACCACUGCCUGAUGUCGGCAAGCGAGCCAUGGCCUUCAUGCAGUCCAUGUACCAGAACCCAGAUGUUUCUAAGAAAGAUGCUUUCACCCUGCUUCUGGAGUGGUAUGAACAGUUCAACAAGGAACCAGCCCCUGUAUAUAGCAAACCUGAGGAAGUGCAAGGAAUUGUGGGGGAUUGGCAUAUGCAAAUGAGAUUGCAUGGAAGGCCUCUCUCACUGAGCAGAGUUCUGCCAGAUGACCUGACAGAGAUGUGUAGCCUGAUGGAGAAGAUAGGGGGCCCAGUGUCCAACCUUGAUCCUGCACAGAUUGUACUGAUCACUCAGGCAGGCAGCUUCAUGUAUGGCUUGUCCACGCCCACCAGUGAUGUGGACUACCUGGUUAUAUAUGCAGAGAAAACAGAGAAAUAUCUCACUGCCUGCAAAAAGCUACCAGAAAGUUUUGAAUCAAGGGGUCCUACAAAACAGAUAGAAUAUGGUGCCUAUGAAAUCAGAUGCUUUGCUGAAAUGGUACUGAAAGGAAGUGUAGUAAUACUUGAGCUGCUGUACAAAGAUGGCCAUAACUACAUGAGUCCAGCGUGGACAGAACUGUCCUCACAACGGGACCGGUUUGUGUCCGAGACUGCUAUACAGCAAUACAUGGGGCUUGUGAAGAACAAUCUGCACAUGAUAAAAAGGGAGAAACAUAAAGACAUGCCUCAGGAGAGAAAACUGUUUUAUCAGAUCUACCACAAGCUGGCCAGUGUGGAAUACCUCCUGCAAGGGAAGACCCCGCCUGUGAGAUGCUCCGGACCAAUCAAGGACUUCAUCAUGAGGGUCCGGACACAACCCCUUGAGGGCGAGCUGUCAAGGGAUGAACUUUUUAAAGAUUGUAUGCAGAAGAUCAACGAUAUGGAACACAGACUUGCCAACAGGCCGUCACGUCUUUCAGAGAACUGUGAUAUGGAGAUACUCACGUCAUGGAUAAUGUCAGUGCGUGGGCUCAGUACAGUGGCCUCUGAGAGUUGAUACCAAUAUGAAAAGCUAGAACUUUACAAUUGUCCAUUAUUACUUUGUAUUGAGAUUUUUUUAAUUAAUGCACUGAUUAAUAAUCAGUUUAUGAAUAAUGCCGUCUUUUCAACUCUGUAUACUGUUUUUUGAGGUUUAAGGCACUCUUUAGAAAACCUAGAAGUUUAGAAUUUUUAAAUCAUUAUUAUUGUGUAUAGACACACUAUGACGUCUUAAUCUUCAUUAACUUAUUAAUGUGUUACAUUUGUUUCAAGGGAAGAUGAUACUAUGUUACAAUUGUUUAUUGACUUUUUAUGCCCCCAUUUCGAAGAAAAGGGGGUAUAUAGUUUUCGCACUGUCCGUCGGUCGGUCGGUUGGUCGGUCGGUCAGUCGGUCGGUCACACUUCGUGUCCGCUCUCUAAUUCAAAUAGUUUUCAUCCGAUCUUUACCAAACUUGGUAAGAAGUUGUAUCCAGACAAUAUCUAGGUCAAGUUUGAAUAUGGGUCAUGCCGGGUCAAAAACUAGGUCACUGGGUCACUUAGUGCAUUUCAUGGAUUUAGCAUGGUGUCCGCUCUCUAAUUGAAGUAGUUUUCAUCUGAUCGUUACUAAACUUGGUCAGAAGUUGUAUCAAGACAUUAUCUAGGUCAAGUUCGAAUAUGGGUCAUGCCCUGUCAAAAACUAGGUCACUGGGUCACUUAGUGCAUUUCAAGGAUUUAGCAUGGUGUCCGCUCUCUAAUUGAAGUAGUUUUCAUCUGAUCUUUACUAAACUUGGUAAGAAGUUGUAUCAAGACAAUAUCUAGGUCAAGUUCGAAUAUGGGUCAUGCCGGGUCAAAAACUAGGUCACGGGGUCACUUAGUGCAUUUCAAGGAUUAAGCAUGUUGUCCGCUCUCUAGUUUAUGUGGCUUUCUGAUUUAUAUUGAUAUUCUAAGUCAUUUUUAUGCCCCCAAAGGAGGGCAUAUAGUGAUCGGAUUGUCCGUUCGUCUGUCCGUCCGUCUGUCCUUCACACUUUGCGUUUAGAUUUCGAAAAAUGCUCAUAACUUCUAUGUCGCUUCUGAUAGCAAUUUCAUAUUUGGCAUGCAUGUGUAUAUGGACAAGGUCUUCCCAUAUGCACACAAAUUUUGACCCCUGUGACCUUGACCUUGAACUUAGGGUCAGUGUUUAGGUUCCAAAUCUGCGUUUAGGAUUUGAAAAAAAGCUAAUAACUUCUACCAAUCGUUUACACAGUUAUACUUUUAUGUAGUGACACAGUUACAGUUGGGGGCAUCCGUGUCCUGUCGACACAUUUCUUGUUUAACUUACACUUUUAAAGUUAAUCUUCAGAAAAAUAUUCUAUGAUUGUAACAGGACAAAGCACCCACAUAGUCAGUACCUCUUUCUGAAUUGGACCAUGCAGUCUACAUUUUAUCGUUUUUUUUACUUCUUUUUAUCAACUUCUUUUUAUCCACUUCAAUUGUUAACUGACUGGAUUAUGGGUAUAUCCUAUGUGUGUCCGUCUGAAUCUUAAUCCUUCGAUAACAAAAUAAAAAGAACUUAAUCUAGGUUUAUAAAACUUGUAAUGUGGAUAGAGGACUAUAUGGGAAGUAUGCACGUUAUUUAAUUUUUCGUAAGAUAAAAAUUAUUGUUGUUAUGAUAGCAGAUGAUAUGCUUACAGAAAUAACUGAAAACUUAUAUCUAGAUCCUUUGAAAACUCAAAAGUACGUAAGUUCGGUUGAUGAAACUUGGUAUGUGGAUAGAGGGCUAUAUAGGAAGAAUAUGUGUUAUUUAAUUUGUUUGUCAGAUAAAAAGUGUCGUUGCUAUGCUUACAGAUGAUAUGGAUACAGAAAUAGAUGAAAACUUUAAUCUAGAUCAAUUGAUUGUGUUGGCUAGGUUGAUAAAACUUGGUUUGCAGAUAUGACCAUAAUUGGAAUACACACAUUAUAAUA